CCCGCACGCACCGCAUCUUGCUGCUUACCACCACCACCCGACCGCCUCCCCACCAUCGCGUUUUCUGUCAACCAUCUACCACCGACCCGCUAACUCUACCCAUCAUGAGCGACGACUGGAACGCCACGACCGUCAUCGGCUACAAGCGCCAGACCGCCAAGGUCACGAAGAAGGACUCGGACUUGAACGGUGCAAGGCGGUCGGGUGCCGUUGUGGGCACGGACAAGAAGAUCACUGCCGGAAGCAACAAGGCGCAUGUUGGCACUGACCACCAGCGCAUCGCCAAGCUCGACCGCGAAAACGAGGUCGCACCACCGCCCAAGGUCGCGCCGAGUGUCGGUCGCGCCAUGCAAACUGCCCGCCAAGAUUUGAAGCUCUCGCAGAAGGACAUCGCGCAGAAGGUUAACGAGAAGCCUUCUGUGAUCCAGGACUACGAGUCUGGGCGUGCGGUGCCGAACCCGCAGAUUCUGGGCAAGCUUGAGCGUGCGCUAGGUGUCAAGCUGAGGGGAUCGGACAUUGGAGCCAAGCUCGGCGGCCCAAAGAAGUCGUAAGCUGAUUGCCCGUCGUCAGCUUGCGGCACACCAGCCCGCUAUCGCAGCGUAGUCACUAGCGAGUCGUCGUAGUGCUCCUCUGCGGUGUGCGAGUAAGACCGGGCGUCCGACUAGAUGUCCCAUGCCGCUCCGCGAUCCAAUGUACUACAACCCCACCCUGUCAUUUCUUUGACUGUAAUUUUGCGAUAGACCACGUCGAUGUUUUGCGAUCCAUUGCAUUUUCCGUCAUCGCCGCCCGAGGCGCCCGAGUAUAUUCAGCUCUUGAGCUCGAAACUUGAUGACCUCGUCCUCAC